UAAAUGUGAUUUGAGUGCGUUCGUGUUCACAAAUCGAUGCGGGCGCUUUAAAUUUAAAAUAAAUUAUUUAUAAUACAACAACAAAAAGUUAUAAUUAAAAGAAAAUAUAAGAAAUUUGCUUUUAUUUAAAAGAAAUUUAAAAUAUUUUACUUAAAAGUGUUGAGUUUAAUAAAAAUACAAGUUUUUUUGAAGAAAAAAAGUAAAACAGAUUAAAAACUAAAACUUGCUACCAGAGUAAUUGACCUCUCGAUAAAAACAAAGAAAAACACACUUAAUACAACAAAUCAUUUAUCACUAUAUUGUUGGGCCCAAAGGAGUAAAAGAAUAAAACAUCAAAUCACCUAGAAAAAAAAUCAUCUUAGUUAUCAUAUUUUACAACACGAACCCAGUGUGCUGCUUGCUAAAUAGAUUACUCUCAUUAAAGGAUUGUCAUAUACAUAAUAAGUGAGAGAGAGAGUAAUCGGGAGUAGUUGCUUAUUAGAGUUGCCAUACUCUUUUAAAACGCUUUUAAACCAGUUGAAAUAAAACCCAGCUUAACUACAAGUUAAACGCAAGUAAUUCAUUACAAAAUGUUUAUCGAAGAUGAUGCACAAAUGGAAAGCUUCUGGAUACAGAGCGCUAUUGGGGCCAUUAAGGCCAUUGCAUUUGUCUGUGAUAUAAUCACUUUACCGGUAUAUUUGGUUUUACAAAGACCCUGGAAACGAAGACAAGAAUCUAAACGUGUUAAGGCUUUACCCAUUAAUAAGACCACAAUUGAGGAAAGAUCAAAAUAUAACGAGGAUGAUAUAGAGGCAAAAAUUGUUAGCAAUGAUGAGACGGCUCUAACUUAUCGCACAACGGAACCACCUAGAGAGACACAUAUCAAAAUGCUGCAGGACAACAUAGAUACUCUCGAAAAGGUUUUCAAUUAUGUGGCUAAAACUCAUUCAUCGAAACGUUGCCUGGGCACUCGUCAAAUCCUCAGCGAAGAGGAUGAGCUACAGCCCAAUGGUCGUGUUUUCAAGAAAUACAAUAUGGGCGAAUACAAAUGGAAGAAUUUCAUAGAAGCUGAACGUAUGGCAGCUGCUUUUGGUCGUGGUCUGCGUGAGUGUGGUCAGGAACCCCGUAAGAAUAUUGUUAUCUUUGCCGAGACACGUGCCGAAUGGAUGAUUGCCGCUCAUGGUUGUUUCAAACAAUCCAUGUCGAUUGUUACCGUCUAUGCCACUUUGGGUGAUGAGGGUGUGGCCCAUUGUAUUAGUGAAACUGAAGUGACCACCGUCAUUACUUCUCACGAUUUGUUGCCUAAAUUUAAGGUUUUAUUGGAUAAAUGUCCCCAGGUUGAUACCAUCAUUUAUAUGGAAGAUCAAUUACAUAAAACUGAUACUACUGGCUUCAAGGAAGGUGUUAAGAUUUUGCCUUUCUCUGAGGUCGUGCGCAGUGGUCAAGAUAGUAAAUUUGAAAAUGUUCCUCCUAAGGGUGAUGAUAUUGCUAUUAUUAUGUACACUUCCGGCUCAACUGGCACACCCAAGGGUGUCUGUUUGUCACACAAAAAUUGCAUUGCCACCAUGAAAGGUUUCGUUGAUGUCGUACCCAUCUAUCCCGAUGAUGUUUUAAUUGGCUUCCUUCCCUUGGCCCAUGUCUUUGAAUUGGUGGCCGAAAGUGUUUGUCUAAUGACCGGUGUUCCCAUUGGUUAUUCUACUCCCUUGACUUUAAUCGAUACUAGUAGUAAGAUCAUGAGAGGCUGCAAAGGUGAUGCUACUGUUUUAAAACCCACUUGCAUGACCACAGUACCGCUUAUAUUGGAUCGUAUCUCUAAGGGUAUUAAUGAUAAAGUUAAUUCCGGUUCGGCCUUCAAGAAAGCUCUAUUCCAAUUUUUAUAUCAAUACAAAGUUAAAUGGUUCCAAAGAGGUUAUGAGACUCCUUUGAUUGACAAAAUGGUUUUCAAAAAGGUUGCCAAACUUAUGGGUGGUCGUGUUCGCAUAAUGAUGUCUGGUGGUGCUCCUCUCUCACCCGAUACUCACGAACAAAUUAAGACCUGUUUGUGUGUGGAUUUAAUACAAGGUUAUGGCUUAACUGAAACUACUUCCGGUGCCACUGUUAUGGACUACCGUGAUACCCAGUAUGGACGCGUUGGUGCUCCUUUAACUGUUUCCGAAAUUCGUUUAGUCAAUUGGGAAGAAGGUGGCUAUAGAAUAACCAAUAAACCUUAUCCUCAAGGUGAAGUUCUUGUUGGUGGCGAAUGUGUUUCCAUGGGCUAUUAUAAAUUGCCCUCAAAAACCGCUGAAGAAUUCUUUGAAGAGGAUGGCAAACGCUGGUUCAAAACCGGUGAUAUUGGUGAAAUGCAUCCCGAUGGCGUACUUAAAAUCAUUGAUCGUAAAAAGGAUUUGGUUAAAUUGCAAGCUGGUGAAUAUGUUUCUUUGGGCAAAGUAGAAUCAGAAUUGAAGACAUGUCCAUUGAUUGAAAACAUUUGCGUGUAUGGUGAUCCCACAAAACAAUUCACUGUUGCUUUGGUGGUGCCCAAUCAAAAGCAUUUGGAAGAAUUAGCACAUCGUCAGGGUUUGGAAAGCAAAUCAUUCGAAGACCUCUGCUCUAAUCCCGUAAUGGAAAAGGCGGUCAUUAAGGAAAUGGCCGAACAUGCUAGAAAAUGCAAAUUACAAAAAUACGAAGUCCCCGCCGCCAUAACUUUGUGCAAAGAAGUUUGGUCUCCCGAUAUGGGUUUGGUAACCGCUGCCUUUAAACUGAAACGCAAAGAUAUUCAAGAUAAAUAUCAACACGAUAUCAAUCGCAUGUAUGCCUCAUGAAAGUGACUAAAUCAUUAGUUUUAGUUUUACUAAACAAAACAACAAAAAACAAACAGCAUCUAAAUGAAAGCUAAAAAAUCUUUUUUUGAAAUAUAAAUAACAAAGAAAUUUUCAUACUUUCUUCAUUUCAUACACUUUAAUUAAAAG